AUGACUACUCCUUCCCAACAGCAACAACAUGAUCAACCAGGCCUCCGAAGCAGUUCACGUCCGACGAUGGGUGACCAUAGCUCGCCCGUCGUCGUGACACUGCAGUUGCCAUCGACCACCGGUCAAAUCGUCGCUGUAGCCAUCACGGUGACAAUUAUCGUCACUGUCGCAGUCGCAGCGGGCAUUGGACUUGCCUGCUUCUACUUGCCGAACUCCCACCGACGCACCCAACGCAUGUCUAUGCUGGACGAAGACGACUGCGAUGUGUAUGUGAUGGAAGACGGCUGGCGAUGCUCUGAAUCCAGCAAUUGCAAGUAG